CCUCAUUCACUGGUGCCACGGGGGCUCCUCUCCCAGGUAUAACUGGGUACUUCCAUCAUGGCCAUCCUCGAUCUGAUUCAGUUACUGAUCUCGCCACCAUGCUCGCCACCAUGCUCGACUGAUAAAUCCACUACCGUUGCCCAUAUCUCACAAGUGGUGGUGGUCGCUCGAGUCAUGUCCUCGUCCACAAUCGACCCGUCGUCAUCUCCCCAUGGACGGCGUCUCCGUCGCCAGCAGUAUUGCUGGUCUCGUCACCCUGGCGUUGCAGGUCAGCGCUACAAUCGCAAUCUACGUCAACUCCAUCAAGGAACGCGCCAACACGGUCCGGGAACUGCAUGAUGAGCUCCUGCUGUUGGGCGAAGUCCUUAGUGGACUGCGAGAUUUUCUGGAGAGCGAAAAAGUCAAGGGUCGGGCUCUUGAUACUCAGUCAGUCCUCUCCAAGGCCAUCAGAGACUGUCGGCAACGGAUGGAGCGCAUUGGCGACAGAUUGAAGCCCUCGGAUGGUGGAAAAGUUGCCCGUGCCAUUGACCAUUUGAGGUGGCCUUUCGAACAGAGGGAGGUCAUGCAGAUGGUGGAAAACCUCCGACGAUAUACCCAGACGUUUCAGUUCGCUUUCACAAUCGAAGGGUUCAACUUGUUAUCCAAGACCUCCGAAGAUGCUACCAAAGGCUUGCAAGAAAUGCUCCUAAUCUCAAAGAAGAUGAGCGAACUGUCGGCUCAGAUGGGCCGGUCUGCUGAUGAGUCCUCUAAGCUUGCCAUUCAACUUGAAGGAAUCAUUGCCCUUGUCCCGGUCCUUGCGAGAACAGCUGCUGAUGUCAAUGAGAUUUCUCAAGCCACGCGACUGGCUGAAUUGAGGGAGCAAGAGAGACGCACUACCGAUAUCUUGGACUGGCUGGCGCCUCUCUCAUCCCUCCACAAGCAUCGGGAUUUGCAAGUGCGACGAGCCGAGGGCACGGGCCGAUGGUUCCUAGAACACCCUCACUUUUCUCAGUGGGUUGACGGCGAUUCCAAACACGAUCUCCUCUGCGUUGGGGGUCCUGGUGCUGGCAAGUCUGUCCUAUGCUCCCAUGCUGUCGACUAUCUGCGCACCAAAUUCAAAGAUCACGACGUCGCUAUAGCUUUCUAUUACUACGACUACUCAGACCAACAGUCACAGAAUCCAUCCAGCUUUGCAAGAUCGCUUUUGCGCCAACUCAGUUCUCACAGCGAAGUCGUCCCUUCCGCCGUUGCCGAGUUUUAUCAACGCACGAGGAACGCUGUCAAAGACCAAACUUGGUUUCAUGACUUGCUGAACAUUAUCCGUCGCGUGGUGAGAACUUUCAGCCAUUGUUUCAUCAUAGUUGAUGCUCUUGACGAAGCCGAUGUUCAAAGCCAGCGUUCGGGGUUUUUUGAGGUUAUUGAUGCCAUCAGAAGCUCUCCUAGAGGCACAGUGAAAGUGCUUGCCACUUUGAGGCCUCAUGUUCUCAAUCUAGUGGCCAAGUUUCAUGAACCAUCGAUCAUCGAUAUCCUUGCAAACCCUGGGGAUAUUCGACAGUUUCUUGUUCAGAUGAUACAGGAGCAGCCAGAGUCCGAGUAUUUGAUGGAUGACAAGCUCAAGGAACAUGUCUUGAACACCUUAUGCACCAACGCAAAUGGCAUGUUUUUGCUGCCUGCCCUUCAGAUAAAGACAAUUCUGGAUCAGAUCACCAAAGCAGAUGUCAAGCGAGCAUUACUCCAUCUCUCAACUGACUUGACUCAUGCCUUCCAAUCAACCAUCAAGAGAAUUUCCACUCUGUCCAGUGUAAGACGCGAACUUGCAUUCAGAACAUUGAUGUGGGCAUCUCACGCCAGGAGGCCUAUGACUGUGCGGGAGUUGCAGCAUGCCAUGGCGUUGCGGCCUGAAGACCAUGAUCUGGACAAGGACAAUUUGCCUUCCGUAAGGACGCUCAUAGACUGCUGUUGCGGACUAGUUGAGGUGGACUAUGAAAGUUCAAUCAUACGUUUGGUACAUCACUCGCUUGAGGAGUACCUCCGUGACCACGACCAUGGUCUCUUCAACGAUGCCAACCUCAUCAUCACCAGGACGUGUCUUCAAUACAUGAGGCUGGAUAUAAUCAGGGACUUACCAUAUAAGAACCGAAAAGAUUUCGGGAUGGCACUGGAGGAUGUUCCAUUUUUGCAGUACGCAGCGCUCGAAUGGGGCCACCAUGCGUACAGUGUGCCCGCUGAAGAAAUAAAGGACUUGGCCCUUCCACUACUUUCGGAUAGCGCCUGCUUGAACACUAUCGCCCGAGUCCGGGACUUUCAAUCUCCUGAUCUCCGGAAAUGGAACGACAAGGCCUGGACUUGGGCUUAUUCUGGCGGUGCUGGAAUCUCGUUGGCAGCAGGAUUUGGACUUACUGAGCUUCUGAAAAUCCUGAUUGCUGCAAAUCAACAUAACCUGCAGCUUGACGCGCGCAACAUGUACGGAAGCACAGCCCUGCACGAGGCGGCUUUCUUCGGCCAUCAGGAGGUAGCGAAAAUUCUGGUUGAGAAUGGCGCCAAUCUGCUGGACACGAACUAUGGUCAGAGCACUCCAAUAUUCCUUGCAGUCUCCUACGGCCAGCUUGAGAUGGUCAAACUACUUCUCAGAUACGGACGAGAUCAGCUCGACUGUCCCGGUCCGAAGGGCUUUACAGCCUUGCAUAAGGCAGUUGAGCAAGGAGACGAAGAAAUGGUCACCAUACUGCUCCAAGAAGGAGCACUGCUAGGCGCCACUGACAACCAGGGGACGACUGCUCUGCACGUUGCUGCUUUUCGCGGCUAUCUCUCUAUCGCCGAGUCACUUGUGCGUGCCGGCGCCGUCGUCCAUGUCAAGGAUAAAGAAGGCCUCUGCCCUCUCGACUAUGCCGCCACAGGUGGCUUCACUGAUGUGGUUGCUUUUCUCCUUGAGAAUGGGGGAAGCAUGUUCCAUAAAGGCAGGGAACUAUGGACUCCUCUACACCGGGCCGCUCGAGGCGGGCACACGGAAACUGUUGCGUUCUUUCUGAAGCGAGAUGCGAACGUGCUUGCGACCGAUUUCAGGGGCACCAUCCCUUUACAUCUUGCAGUCCGAUCGGGCAACAUCGAAACCGUAAAGACGCUUCUCGAGCAGAACACCAAUCCGAACCUCAAACGCGCACAGCUCUUCGUUCAAGACCGGAAAGGGUCUACCCCACGAAUUGUCGCUUUCUUUACCGCCCACUACGAUAUCCACAAGUACCUCCGGGCCGCAGAGUGGCAAGUUCAAGGCAUCACUUCGCCCAGCAGUGCCAAUCAACUCACCACGGCCAUUGAGAGGGGCGAUCUGCCCACAGUCCGCACCCAUUUGGACAAGAACCGGGAUUCCCUCACCUCGCUCGACGAAGACGGCCAACCACCCCUCCACGUCGCGUUACAAGAAAAUCAGAAACACAUUGUGGCAUUCCUCCUUUCGCGGGGUGCCCCUGUCGAGGCGGUAGGCUACCACGGCUGGCGUGCCUUACACAUCGCUGCCUCGCUGGGGAACUUGGAGCUCGUGGAACUGUGCCUGUCGCACGGCGCACACGUCGAUACUCGGACGAACACACAACAGACGGCCUUACACAAAGCCGCCUCGUCCAAGUCUGUCGCCGUGGUUCGCCGCCUGCUGUCCGCUGGCGCGGACCCUGCGGCCGCGAACGAGCGCGGCAUGACGGCCCUGCACAUCGCCGCGCACCAGAACAGCAUCGGCAUCGUGCGCAUGCUCGUCCUGGAGUGCGGCGUCGACAUCCUGGCCCGCGACCGUCAGAGCAUGACUGCGAGCAUGUGGGCCGAGAGGUCGGCGCACCUCGACGUGUGCGCGUUCCUGAGGAGCGAAGAGCGCAAGCUCAAGCAACGCAAACGAAGCAGGGCGGUCGAGCACGUCGAGAGCCGCCCGCAAACCAGAACGGACAGUGCCGAGAGCCUCGACCUAAAAGAGGUCGGGGACGCUCUGGGCGAUGUCAACGAAGACGGCACUUCCCAGCAUCAAGAAAGCAUAGCAGGAGGUAUACAAUGUGCACAAGGUGAACAGGGAUGAAUCUUCGUUUUCUAGAUAGUGAGACAGCUAUGUAAUGGUACAGUUUAUUCGCGGAUCUAUCCGAAUGAGUCUGAGUCUGAGUCUGAGUCUGAGUCUGAGUCUGAGUCUGAAUC